AUGGAUAUAUUAACUGCUUACCUCUUUAUUAUUGCAAUUUUACAAAAAUCAAAGCAUAUCAGAUGUCAUUCUGGAAUUCGAACAGUUACUACAACAUUUGGUGUCAUACGAGGUGAAAUGGUAAGUCCAAAUGCAGGUGAUUUACCACCGGUGGCACAAUAUCUUGGAAUACCAUAUGGUGUUGCACCUUCCGGACAGUAUCGCUUCAAUAUGGCUAUAUCAGCAGCAAAAUGGACUCAUAUGCCUAAAGACGCAUACAGUUUAUCUUCUGUUUGCAUACAAUCCGGUAUUCCGGAGCUUGCGGAAACAAAAGCGCUCAAGAUGACAUCAGCGCAACAUUACGAUCAUAUGCAUAAAUUAUUGCCAAAACUUAAACCACAGUCUGAGGAUUGCUUACAUAUGAAUUUAUAUGUACCUGAAAGAAUUUCUUUCCAUACCGAUUCAAACCGAAAACAGUUGCCCGUUCUUGUGGUAGUACACGGUGAUGAAUAUGGCUGGAAUAGUGGUAAUCCCUACAAUGGUACCAUACUUGCAUCAUAUGGUCAAAUUAUCGUUAUCACACUAAAUUAUCGCCUUGGUGUUUUUGGAUUUUUGGGUCGAUGUGAAUCAUCCAGUUGUUCGGGUAAUUCGGGUUUAUCAGAUUUGGUAGCAGCUUUAAAAAUGCUUACAAAUAUUUUGCCAGCUUUUGGUGGUGAUCCAAAUUUAAUCACACUUCUUGGCUGGGGUUCUGGUGCAUCAUUGCCAAAUAAUCGAAUGUUUCGGAGGGCAAUUCUGCUAGAUGGUUCUGCUCUUGCACCAUGGGCAAUGAGUAAAAAUCCUCAGCCGAUAUUUCUUCAACUUGCUGAACAUUUAAAGUGCAUCGAAAAAGUGGACAAGAAAAAACGUUUAACACAUAAUCAGAGAAGUGCCGAAAGUAUUGUACGUUGCAUGCAAGAUCAUUCACCACAAAAUAUUACACGUGCAGCGCGGAAAAUUUCCACGCCAACAUUUCUGUCUCGUUUUGCGCCAAUUAUUGACGGACAGGUUGUACCAAAUAAACCAGAAGCAUUAUUUGGUACACAAUAUGGUUCAUUAUUUCGCAAUGUUGAUUUAUUAGUUGGAAUGACGAAUAAUCCAGCUCAUUAUCUACUUCCAAAUGAUGAUAUACGUUUGGGUAUUGAUAAGGACAAACGUGAUAAAAUUUUUCGAACACUUAUAAGGAAUCUUUAUGAUUUCCAUCGUAAAGAAAUUUUAGCAGCACUUAUUAAUGAAUAUACAGAUUGGGAUAAUCCAAAGGAUCAUCCAAAAACAAUUCGUAAUGGUGUUCUUGAGGCGCUAAGUGAUGUUUUGUUUAUUGCGCCACUAAUCGAAACAGCUCGAUUACAUUCCAUUGAUGAUGACAGGGAGGCAUCAAAUACUUUUAUGUUUUUAUUUGCUCAUGAAUCAAAGAGUAGAACAGAGGAAACAAUUGCAAGUGGUAUUCGAGGUUCAAUUUCCGGUGAUCAUAUACCUUACAUUUUUGGAUAUCCGCUUAAUAAAGAUGAUGAUCUUUAUUUUGGUUUCACAGCUGAAGACCAAAUGAUCUCACGUAUUAUGAUGCAUUAUAUUUCAAAUUUUGUUAAAUCCGGUGAUCCAACUAAGCCAGUGCAAUUACAAGCUAUGACACCGAUUGCGGAACGUUUUCAUAGCGUCGCAUGGCCACAACUUACACAACGAAAUCGUGAACCAUACCUUGAAAUAACUGAUAGACCACGUGUAAAAAAUUAUUAUCGAAAUGCUCAGGUUGGUUUCUGGAAUGGUUUAAUACCACAAUUACAUGCCAAUGGAAAAGAAGGAGUACCUGUACCCGAGGAACAUCAUUUCCUUUCAAAUCAUUUCAAACGUGAAUCAUUUUUUGGUACCGUAAGACCAUAUGCAAGCUAUGCUAAUGAACCAUUUCCUCCACCACCUCUGCCACCGACACCGCUUCCAAAAUCUAUCGAAAAGCUCACUACAUUUUCAUCGCAACAGAUAAAUUCUGAUGCAAUUCCAACAACUCUAAUACCAUUUGUAAAAGCAGCCCAGAAUAGUACGAUGUUGUCAGUUACAGUUGCUGUUGGUUGUGGCUUAUUAUUUCUUAAUAUAUGUAUUGGCCUUGGUCUUUACAGGCAGUGUAAUAAAAAAGAAGAAACAAAGAAGAAAUUACAAUUACAAUAUCAAACUUAUUCGGCUAAUUAUCAGCUAAAUGCAACUGAUAUGAAUUAUAUCAAUAAUGUUACUGGACAACAGCAAUUAAAUUACAUAUCAACACUAUCACAAUCACAACAACAACUACCACCACCAGCACCACCACCAUCAUCAUCAUCACAGCAACAACAACAACAACAACAACAACAACAACUCUCAUCAUCAUCACUUAGUCAACGUCCAUCGAUAACGAAUUCGAUAACUGCACCAUUGGAUUCCCUAUCAUUUAAAACGAAUGAUUUUGAAACAUAUCGUAUAAAUUCCUAUCAAAACUACAAUGAUACAACAUAUAGUGAUACAUUAAUAAGUAAAUGUAACUUUCAAGAACAGGAACCAUUAUUAUCAACGACAAAUAAAACAUCAAUAGGAUCAUUACGAAUUGGCAUAAGUCCAACAUGUCCAAAACAUGGUCGGGCGGCAAUGGCUCAAGCAAGCGGUAAAGUUACUUCAUUAACUGGCUUAUCAACAGGUGGACAUACCUUAGAAGAAAUACAAGUAUAA